GUAAUAGUAGGACUGCGGCUCUGAAGAUCAUUUUGAUUGUGAAAUUCAGUUCUAAAUAAGAUAAGUUAAAAUGGCAGAAUAUGUCCAACAAAACAUUGAAGAUAUGCUCCCUGAGCUUGAGCAAUUAGAACGAGUUGGUUUAUUCACAAAAGAUGAAACUCGACAAAUAUUAAAGAAAAGACAAGGUUAUGAAUAUAGAUUAAGAAGACAAACAAAAUGUAAAGAAGAUUUUUUACAAUAUAUUCAGUAUGAGAUAAACUGUUUAUCUUUAUUACACAAGAGAAGAGAAAAAACUGGAUAUUCAUUCAAACAGUUGAACAUAGAAAAUGUUAUUAAAGAUAGAAUUCAUAAAUUAUUUAGAAUGGUUACUUACAGAUUUCAGGAUGAUAUUAAACUAUGGUUAUCACAUAUUGCUUUCUGUGAGUCUAAGGAAGAUUCUGUGCGAGUUGGUAAAAUAUUCACAAGAAUGUUACAAGUUCACAAUAAAAAACCAGAAAUAUGGAUUCUUGCUGCUAAAUGGGAGUUUGAACAUAAAAAUGCUGAAAACUCUAGAUCGACUUUUCAGAGAGGUCUGAGGUUCAAUCCUGAUUCUAAACAACUGUUUUUAGAGUAUUACAGAAUGGAAUUGCUGUAUACAGAUAAAAUACUAAAAAGGAAGAAAAUUUUAGGACUAGAUGAUCCAGAGGUAUUGGGAACACAGAAAGAUGCUAUAUUAUCUGGUAAAGUAGCUAUGGUUGUUUAUAAACAGGCUAAAGAAUCAUUCCCUGAUGAUGUAGACAUGAUUUUAAAGUUUAUUGAUAUUUCCCGACUUUUUGAUUUUACACAACAACAGCUUCAACAAAUGUAUACAGAUUUAAAGACAGAUUAUGGUGAUAGCACAUUAACCUGGGAUGCACUAGCUAAACAAUGUAUGCUGGAUGAAUCAGGAAAACAUCCCGAUCAGACUAAAGAAUUAAAAAUGCACGAAGUUUACGAGCAGGCUUUAACAAAGAUGAACACAAUUUUGAGUUAUUGUUUUGUACUGAUAGUUGGACAUCUUAAUGUAGCAUAA